AUGGUAGAGACAUUACACGAACUACUUGACGGUCCAAGUGAAUUUGUUGCGGCUGGCCUAGAGCGUUUUCGUCCAAUUCAAGAAAUAAAACAACCGGCUAGAUACCUGAGUCGUAGUGUAAGUCGUACGAAAAAUCAAACUAGAUCACCAAGUAGCUCAGCUCUACCCCCAAUAAAGCAGACUUAUGAACAGUCAGAUAAAGUAUGUGAUUCAAAUGGUGGAUACACUGUCUGUCAGGUGUUCAUUAAAUCUGGUCAACAUGAUCCACAAACAGGCGAACAGUAUUCAUCUAUUUGUACAGCAAACCCAACAAUUACAAUUUGUAAUAAAUACCAAUCUACUCAACCUAUAUUACUCAGAUCCGCUUAUAUUUGUACAAUAAAUCAAAACAAUAAUGGAAAUACACAACUUGAUCAAGGUAACGAGUCAAGUGGAUCUGAUGUCAUAAGUAGUACACUGACUGGACCAUUUUGUCCAGGAAGUGUUGAUUAUUUUGAAAUACCCCUAAAUGAUUUUGGUGAAAUCAGUAAAAUACGCUUGAGUCAUGAUGGUUACGGUAAUUACCCUGAAUGGUUACCUGAAGAGAUAUGCCUAAGAUUAUCACCGGGUAAUGCUAAUCAGUCAGUCGACUCAUUAAAGAUGUACUCUCAAAAUAAUCCCCCUUCAAAUAAAUUUCAAAACUCAGAAGAAGAAACUAGUUUUUCAUCUCCAACCGCAACAUCAUGUGAAAUGACAUUUCCAUGUAUGAGAUGGUUGUCAAGAUAUAAAGCAGACGGUAGUCUAGUGCGUGAAAUCGCUGCGCCUGGAACACAAAUACGUGAUCAAGGACGCUUAUUUGGCAGAAUCAUGAAAGCAUAUCCCUUAGACAUUGCAACAUUAUUUCAACAAGAAGAAAGAUCUCCUGGUAAGUUAAGCGCUGAAAAAGUUGUCCUUACUGUUCGUUGA